AAGGGCACUAAGGUAGUUUCACAUACCAAAAACCCUUCCUGGUUAAGCCAAUGUUGAAGAACAAGUUCAGACGGAGAGACAAAGAUGUUGAGAAGCUUCUCUUCUGCACUGCGGGGAUGUUCUAGAAAGUUCCAAACCCCACUCUCUUGCAAGAAGCUGUACACGAGCGAAGGCGAGGGUGCACGUGCGAGGCUUCCGAAGCUUCUGGUGGUUCAGCCGCGCGUGCGGCCGGAGAAGCUGUUGCAGGCGAAGCUGAACGAAGCUCUGUGCCUGGCAAACUCCCUCGAGGACCAGCGCGAUGGCUAUUUCCACACCGAUUUCUUCGACAAGCCGUUGCCACCUCACGUGCUCGUUCAGAACCGCGUCCCACGCGCCGACUCCUAUUUCGGCCACGGAACGGUCGAUAACAUCAAGUGUCACGUGAAUGCUGCUGCGGAGUCUAAGGAUGAGGUGGAUGCAGUUUUUGUAAAUGCGAUACUGUCUGGGAUUCAGCAACGGAAUCUUGAGAGAGCUUGGGGGAAACCCGUGCUGGACCGUGUGGGACUUAUCAUUGAGAUUUUCAAUGCCCAUGCGUUUACCAAGGAAGCGAAACUUCAGGCUGAACUCGCUGCUCUGUCCUACAAGAAGACCAGACUUGUUCGUGUUCGCGGCCCUGAUGGUCGCUACACGUUUGGUGCUUCUGGAGAAGCUGAAGUUGUUAGCGCUCGAGGGAGAGGUAGUGGGGGACAAGGUUUUAUGAGUGGUGCUGGAGAAACUGAACUUCAGCUUCAGCGACGAAGAAUCCUGGAGAGGAGAAAUUAUUUAUUAUCUCAAAUUGAAGAGGUUCGCCGCACCCGAGCUUUGCAGCGAGCUGGUCGCAGGAGGCGUGGAGGUUCAUCUGGACAAGGCUUAGCCACUGUUGCUGUUGUUGGGUAUACAAAUGCUGGAAAAUCUACAUUAGUAAGUAAGUUAUCAGACAGUGAUCUGUAUAGCGACUGUAGAUUGUUUGCCACAGUUGAUCCAAGAGUAAGAAGUGCAGUUCUUCCUUCAGGAAAAAAAGUGCUUUUCAGUGACACAGUGGGAUUCAUAUCUGACUUGCCUGUACAGUUGGUGGAAGCAUUUCAUGCAACUCUAGAAGAAGUGGUGGAAGCAGACCUGCUUGUGCAUGUUGUAGAUUCGAGUGCUCCCAAUCUAGAUGAGCAUCGAACAACAGUGUUACAAGUUCUUCGACAAAUAGGAGUGUCAGAAGAGAAGCUUCAGAAUAUGAUUGAAGUUUGGAACAAGAUUGAUAUGGAAGAAGAAUGCAUGGACGUUGAUGAAUAUCUUGAUGGUGAAGAUGAAGACAACUUCAAGGUAGAAGAAGAUGAUGUAAAAUCUGAGUUAUUAGCAGAAAAUGAAGGCAUGAAGGAGGUUGGUUUUGAGACCAUGGAAGAAAAAGACUAUUCUGAUGGUUGGUUAUAUGAUGAUUUAGUCGAUGAAGGUGACCGACAAAAUGAGUCGAUUGAAAAGCACAGUGAUCUGGACAAAGAUAACUCAAUUGGACCAUCUGGUCCACAUGUGAAAACAUCUGCUAUCACAGGAGUUGGGUUGCAAGAAUUGCUCGAAUUGAUAGAUCAGAAACUUAGUGUUCUGAAUAAUAAGGGUGCACAGGUGGUUGAAAGAAGCAUCUAUGAACGAAAAUGGAGGCCCCCCCAAAAUCAGGAGUCUGGCAUAGCAGUUGAACAGUAGAUAGGACAGUCUUUCCUUGCUUCCUUGCCAUGUCCAAGUUUCAUCAUCAAAAAGUAGUGAAUUGUGAUCAAGGGACACAGUAUUGCCUCUACAAUCCAGAUGAAGUACUUCGAAGCUGCUCAUGUUAAUGUGGACUUCUUCUGCCGCUAUCUGCCAUUAAUGAGCUUUCCAUGGAUGAUAAUUUAAUACUUCAAAAUUAAAUAAAGUUGAUGUAAUGAGUUACAUAUGUUAUACACUUCCUGCCAAAAAAGAAAAUAGGUGCAUAAUUGAAGUAAUAAUAGCAGAAUAGUGGUGUACACAAAUAACUACAUAGUUUCAUUCAUUUGUUUUAAAAGUAGAUUUUAUUUGAAAGGAUUGUUGCACUACAAUUUUGUGUACACAACAGAAUCACGGAUGUAAACGUCAUUGCUUAUCACCGUUUGGUUAGCUCGAUGUCA